GGGUUCAAGAAAACCUCUACGCCUUUUUCUUUCGCACGAUUGAGAACCUAUUCACGAAGAGUAACAAGUAUUGUGGGGGCGUCCGUCCCGAGGAGUUUUAGUUUAAUUUCUCCGUUCAGGGAUGGCAGUGAGGGUGCAAUGCAGGUGGAGGGCAAGAACACCUUUAAUUCGGACAGAAGAUUACAUGGAAAAGAGGAAAAGGAAAAGAUCCUUCUGUUCUAAGAAGGCUGAAGAAGAGGAGGAAGAAGACAAGAGUUAUGGUAUAAGUUGUUGCCCGAUGAAGAGAAAAAGUCUCAUAUAUACUCUGGAUAACAAGGAUGGAAACAACGACGAUGAUAAGGAACAUAUGAAUGAAGACGAUGACUCAGAAGAUAUUGACAGCAGCAGCAAAAAAGAAGAGGAAGAGGAGGAUGAUGACGAUGAGGCAGAGGAAAAACGAAACCUGAUGGCCCCAGGAAGACUCUUGCCGGUGACCUGCGGAACCAAAAAGGGCAUCCUGGUUACAGAUAGGCUGGACAAAGGAGAGGACUGUAUCGAGUGUGAGGGCCGCAUGUUAUCACCAACCGCCUUUGAGGAGAUUGGGGGGAGGGCUUCUUCAAGAAAAUGGAAGGCUUCUAUUUCCUACAAAAACAAACCUCUGAUGUUCUGGCUUGAGAGCGGGUUUCUGUCGACUAAAGGAUACAGAAAGUUACCAAGCACAAAAACGCAGAAGGAAAUCCCAUCGCUGAACGUCACGCCGGAGGACCUCUCUGGAGAGGGAACUGGGGAAGACAGUGACAGGCCUCCAAGCAGAGAAGAACACAAAGAGACAGAGAGUGUCUCAAAUGGAGAUAAAGGGGAGGCGGCGGACUCACCUAAAGUGGAUGGAGCCGCAGAUCACCCUGAAGACCGAGGCUCUGUCAAAGGUGCUAUUUCCGUCAAGAAGAACCAUCCAAGUAAACAUUCCAAUUCAUGUUUAGAUGGACCUGGGAAAGACGCGACACACACAAAAGACAGGAGAGGGGGAAAAGGUAUCGCGGAGAAGCCUAGAAUGGGCAGCAGCAGAUGUCGGUCCAGCAGCAGGGAGUGUCCGCCCCAAGGCAGCUGGUGCCAGCCCAUCGACCUGGAGGAGGACACAGCGGAGGGCAGCUCCAGGCCGGGUGACCGGCUGACCACGGAGGCCACAGGAGCCGCUAAGAAAGCGAACCGAGGAGAGUCCCUGCCAAACGGAGACACGCCAGGGGGACGGGGAGGAAACAAACUUGAGUCGCCACCAUGCCCUUCCCCGAAAACUCCGAGGAGUAGCAGGAGGAAUGCCACCAUCUCUCCCCACGAGGAAGCUCACCCGGGAGCCACCAGCUCAGAAACACACACAUCCAGACCCAGCCGGGCCUCGGACCCGCCGGCCAACUGUGAGUUGGAUGCCAUGGACCUCCAACAACUGAAGAAAGAGAAGCUCAAAAUGCAGCUGAGAGUUUUAAAGCUACAGGAGGAAUAUUACACACAGAAACUGAGUGAGCUAGUGGAAGGGCGGAGGAAAAGCUGACAGAGAGGGGAGCUUUUUUAGUUUCACUUCAGUGAAAAAGAAAGUUUAAACUUUUACCAGUUUGUGCCUGUUCUUAAAUGGCACGGCCUUCGUCAUAAAAGGACGGGCUUGUGUUAAAAAGACGCCAAAACCACGUUCUGCAGCUAUGAGAACAAAAAAAAGGAAUGUGUCUGUCUGCAUUUCAAGUCACUUUUAUCGCUUAAAGCAUUUAGUUAAUUAUCAGACACUAAACUACGUUUAAAAAACACUGAGCUUGCUUUUCCUUUUGUUAUUUUUCAUAAAAGAAAGCAAAAACUGACGGUCAAUCUGAGGAUGAUUCAGCUCAUGUUAUUCCAUGCUUUUCGUUGACUUUCCUUUUUGUUUAACUUUUUUAUGUUUAAAAAAAAACAAAACAAAACAAUGACGACUAUGUGCAUUUAUGGGAAUGAGUCUUCCUCUGGUUGUGAUACAAAAA